ACCUGUCAAAACAAACUCAAAAAAGCAACAAUUUUGCAUCUAAAGCUGUAUAGUAAAACAAAAAAAUGUGUGCCAAUGGCCCGUCCGAUCCCGAACAACGAACUCCGUAGCGUAAAACACGAGGACAAGGAUGACAGUCCUAAAGGCAGCCAGUCGAUCCUCGACCUGACGAUAGACAGCAUCAAGAGUAACACAAGCAAGAACCUGAUCGUGGGCACGGCGUCGGGGUGGGCGACGGGCGUGGCGGUGGUGCGAGUGGGGCGCGUGGCCGCCUUCGGGCUGGGCGGCGGCAUCAUCCUGCUGCACUUCGCGUGCGAGUGCGGCUACCUGCACGUGAACUGGGAGCGCGUCAAGCAGGCCGCCGGCGAGAGCCAGGCCUGUCUGGAGAAACUUCUCCGCUUCGUCAAUAGGAACAGCUGCUUCUCCGUCGGAUUUUUUGGGGGCUUCUUCUUCGGCGUGGCUUCCACGUAA